AUGAUGAAGUACUGGAACAAGAAAGUAGCUGUUGUGACUGGAGCAGCACACGGGAUAGGUGCUCAGAUAGCUGAGGACUUAGCGAAGGCAGGUUUGAUAGUGAUUGGAUUUGAACCAACUGAGGAAAAAGUUGAUGAGAUACUAAUAAAUCUGAAUAAGUUGGGCAAAAUAGAAGGACAACUCAUCCCUUGUAAAUGCGAUAUUUCUAAAGAUCAAGAACUAAAACACGCUUUUGAAGGUAUUGUAAAGGUUUACGGUGGUAUUGAUGUGCUAAUAAAUAAUGCUGCUAUAGGAAAAGAAGGGUUUAUAUGUACUGGUAACCUCAAUGACUUCAAAAAUAUUAUAGACACUAACAUUUAUGGUUUAAUUGCAUGCACGCAUUUCGGGAUUGAAUCUAUGAUGAAAAAGAACGGUUUUGGACAAAUUAUUAAUAUUAACAGUAUAUGUGGUCAUUAUAUGCCUCCGUUUGCUGAGCCCAAAAUUAAUUUGUAUAUAACAUCAAAAAGGGUCAUGACUGUUUUGAAUACUCUUUUGAAAAAUGAAUUUAAGUCAUUAAAUCGAAAGAUCAAGGUAACAAGUGUCUCUCCUGGCAUCGUUCGUACAGGUAUUUUCAAAACAGCGGGAAUAGAAUUUCUUGAUGAAGAUUUCUUUAACAAAAAUCCUCAUUUAACACCUAAAGAUGUGUCAAAUGUGGUAUUAAUGAUUUUAGCUGCUCCUCGUGGGAUUCAAGUCAAUGAAGUGAUAUUCCACGCAUUACAUGAAAUUUAUUGA